AUGGUGAAAAGUCGUCAAAAUCAGGCGUUAUCAAGCUACACCAAUCAAUGCCCUCACCACGACUUCUCAGAGGCAUCUCUUCUCAGUACAUUAUUCAGAGGUCCCCUCCCCAAGAUCAGGAAUCAACUGGAUACAGCUUCUAAUGGGAACUUUCUUGAAAAAGAGAUCAAUGCCGCAAUAGAGCUAGUCGAGAAUCUCGUGAUGUCUAAGAAUACAUAUGGAGAAGAUUUCGAGAGGGCUAAUAGCAAGGAGCUGAGGAUGGAAAAGGAUAUGAGGGAGCUUCAAAACAAGGUUGACAAAGUACCUGUGGCAACACAAAAGCCUAUACACUUUUUAGGCGAGUUUGAUGAGCAAGGACCGAGCUUUGAAAAUGUGAAUGAGGAUGGCCUAACACAGGAAGAGAUCAAUUACAUUGGGAAUCAAAACCGAUAUCAGAGGUUCAACAACUACAACUCUAAUCAGAAUCUCUCAUAUAAGAACCCCAAUCCUAAACAACAGUUUGUGCAGCAACAACAGAGCUAUGGACAGCAGCAGCAACCGGUUCAGAGCAGUAACUUCAGUUCUCAGCCUCAGCAACCGAAGUUUCCACCAGGGUUCAGUCAGCAGCAGUUUCAGCCUCAAGCGGUUCAACAACAGCAGCCGAUGGGUCCAGACAUGUGUGGUGUACUACAACAGUUGUUACAAGGACAACAAAGGUUUGAGAGUGGAUUUACUGAUUUUGGUUCCAAGUAUGCGUCCAUGCAACAUGAGAUUAGGGAGCUUAAGCAGCAUCAAGCUUCCACAUCAAGAGGACAAGGUGUUUUACCCAGGAAAGCAAAACCAAAUCACAAAGAAUAUGUCAAUGCCAUCACCUUGAGAAAUGGCAAAGAGUUAGCCGGUCCAGAAAAGAAUAUAGUGCUCAUUGAGGACAAUGAGCAAAUCGGUGGGGAGGCAGCCCCAAGGGAUGAGCAAGAGGAUGAGGUUUCAAAGAAAGAAAAGGCUAAAGAGGUGGAUAAGGAACCUGAACCUGAGAAGCCUUAUGUCCAACCACAUCCUUAUCAGCCUAAGCUUCCUUUUCCAGGGAGAUUCAAGAAACAGAUCCUAGACAAGGAAAAUGCAGUAUUUGAAAAGCAGUUAGAGAACACUCAGAUGACAUUGCCGAUUAUAGAAGAUUUUCUAAUGAUUCCACAGGUUGGAAAGUUUCUAGAAGAUGUGAUUUUGAACAAGACCAAGGAGCUACAAGGGAUGGUAAUUCUGAGACAUGAGUGCAGUGCCAUUAUUCAGAGGAUAACAGUUCCAAGAAAGCUAUCUGAUCCAGGGAGCUUUACUUUACCUUGUGCUAUAGGUCCUUUGAAGUUUGCUAGCUGUUUGUGUGAUUUUGGAGCUUCACUAGUCAGCUACAAGCCAGCAAAGAUCUCUUUAGUACUCGCUGAUAGGUCAGUAAGGUUACCCAUUGGAUUACUUGAAGAUUUUCCUUUGAAAAUUGGUGAGAUUGAGAUCCCAACAGACUUUAUAGUCUUAGAGAUGGAUGAGGAGCCUGUGGAUCCUAUCAUUUUUGAAAGGCCCUUCUUGUCCACAGCAGGAGUGAUCAUAGAUGUCAGAGGAGGCAUGAUCGAGCUGCACAUUGGAUCAGAGACCAUGAAAUUCAAUGUAAAAGAGAUGAUGAAGAAGCCGACCAUAGGUGGACAAGUCUUUUACAUCGAAACCAUGGAGGAGCUGGCUGAUGAGCUACUUGAGGAAUUAAACACAGAGGAUCCUCUCCAAGUGGUUUUAACAAAGGAUCAAGGAGAGCAUGGGUACUUAGCUGAAGAGAGUGAAGCUUACAAGCGGUUCUUGGAUCAGCCGAAGGAAGUUGAAGCUGAAACAAAGUUUUUGGAGAUCGAACCAAGCGGUCACGAGGUUUAG